UUUCGGAGGAAAAUGAAUUCGGCCAUGUCGUGUUAAACCUCAAGCUGAAACAAAACGAUAUCGAAUUAGCGAAAAGCAGCUUUAAGUCCGAUAAAACCGCACGCGCAGAAGAUCAAAGGAGUCGAGCAGCCGCGCACGAGUGACUUCGAGCCGAAAGAUGAGCGGAGGGACGCCUUACAUCGGCAGCAAGAUCAGUCUGAUCUCAAAGGCCGAGAUCCGAUAUGAAGGAGUCUUAUACACGAUCGACACCGAGAACAGCACUGUGGCUCUGGCUAAAGUGAAGUCCUUUGGCACUGAGGACCGUCCCACGGACAGACCGAUCCCUCCUCGAGAGGAUGUCUUUGAGUACAUCAUAUUCAGAGGAAGUGACAUCAAAGACCUGACGGUGUGCGAGCCGCCCAAGCCCACCUGCAACCUUCCUCAGGAUCCCGCCAUCGUGCAGUCUUCUCUGGCUUCCAGCGCUGGCCCCACGGCUCCUUCAUUCCAGUCGUACGCCCCGUUCAGUCGGGCCCCGUACACCCAGUUUAGCUCCAGUCCGAUGGUCCCGCAGCCGUUAGGAGCGGCGGUCACUGCUGGAAGCAGCUCAGGUCCUGCGUUCGGUAGCGAGGCGAGCACUAACGCCCCUCUGUCCCAAAGCUCUGCUCUUCCCUCGCGCUCUCGCUCGCUGAGUGCUACCAAACCCGAAGGUCGUUCGAGCCCAUCUCUGGAGCCUUUGAGGAAGACCCCGACCCUGGAGCAUGCGGUCCAGACGGCCCCAGUCGCCCCGUCUGCGGCAGCAUCCAGUACAGUGAAUCAGAGGAGCUCAGGAGUGAGCCGACCCGCUUUCAACACCCAGAAAUCUGCUGAAAACCAGGAACAAAAAGCUACAGCGUCUGAUGUUCAGAGGGUUCCUCGGCCAGAAUCAGACUCAAACAGGCCUGAUAACAAAGACCCAAACAAACGGCAUUCUGGUGGUGGCGCUCCUCCAGUGAGAAAGGGGCGGGGCAGUGGUGGCGGAGGCGGCGGUCAACAUGGGCGGGGCAGGUUUAAUGGGCGUAGAGAUGGACCAAUGAAAUUUGAGAAAGACUUUGACUUUGAGAGUGCCAAUGCACAGUUCAAUAAGGAAGAGAUCGACCGCGAGUUCCAAAACAAACUCAAGAUUAAAGAUGAGAAGAGUGAGAAACCGGAGAAGACUCUGAACGGGGAGGAGAAGACCGAUUCAGGCGUGGAGACCCAGAACAGUGAGAGCAACGCUGAUGAGGAGGAUCCUCUGGGACCCAACUGUUACUACGACAAAUCCAAGUCCUUCUUCGACAACAUCUCGUGUGAUGACUCCAGAAAGGAGAAAUCUGGAGGUGCUUUUGGAAGGGAGCGGAGGCAGACCUGGGCUGAGGAGAGGAGGAUGAACGCCGAGACGUUCGGGAUUCCGCUGCGUUACAAUCGUGGACGUGGUGGUUUCCGCGGGAGAGGCGGCGGCGGCAUGGGCUUCCGCGGGGGCCGCGGGCGAGCGGCUAGCAGGGGUUCGUUCAUGCCCUCCCGCGGCGGAGGAUUCAGAGGCGGGUUUAGAGGCGGCAGAGGAGGGCGAGAGUUCUCUGACUUUGAGUACAGGAAGGAGAAUAAAGUGGCAGCGUAGUCCCAUCUGAAGACCAGAUCCUCCCAACAGCCAAGAAUCUCCGAUCAUCACGUCUAGAUUAACGCUUUGGUUUCGACUCCUGACUAACGGGAACUGCCUCUCUCUGUUUAACACCAGCGCAGGCCUCGCCUGCCUUCAGCUGGACACACAGCUUUGAGUUCAUUUCCUCCUUUCUUCCUUUUCUAGAAAAAGAAAUAAAAACAUUUGCUGGUUUUUGGAAACGUUCGAUCCGCAUUCGAUACAUUCAGAAGGGAGAAUGUGUGCACAAGAUGCCGUCAAACUUCCGUGGAAAGAUGAUGAUGAUGAUUAUUACUAUCUAGUAUUUUCGCAUCAACUUUUAGUUCUUUUCGUAAUAUAGAGAGGAAGGUAUGUGAUAAUAUUCAGUGAUGUGUACAGAACCCAGCUGAUACUGUGAGCGCUCCUCAGUCAUAGCUUUAUUAUGCCAUGCGGGUUUUUUUUGGAUCUGUUCUCUAAUGUCUUUUGAAGCACCAAAACCCAGUCUAGAGGCUGCAGGGUUUCAUUCUCAUAAAACAUUGGUGCUUUUGCUUCAUUUAGUAGUUUGACAUGGUUUGUAGUACUAGUACAUUUUUAGUUUUAAUUAAUUAGUUUAUUUCAGCCCCCAACAGCGCUUUUUUUUUUUUGUUGGUUGAAUAGUCUGGUCAAGCCUGGUUUACGAUUGAAUGUACUGAUGAAUUUAACUUUUGUUUUUGUGCUGAAGUCCUCCUCUCUCUGCCACUCAAAACAGAAAGUUUGUUUCACCUUGCUGUUCUUCUCUUUAAAAUGCAUUUUGAUAUCUGAGUGCCACUUAUUCUUGCCUUUUGAUGUCAAUUAUGUAAAUUUAACUAAGAGGGCUUUUUGAUAUAAACUCAACACAAACUCUGAACGAUGACCAUGCCAAGAAAGAUCCCGAAACCCUUUAAAAACCAGAUUGGAUGUCGAAAUUGUGUUCAUGUGCACUUUAAAGACAAACGACGCCUGUGUAGGGUCACACGUGAUGUGCGGCGGUCUAUAUUUGAUGUCAUAAAGCUCAUAUACCAGAAAGUGAUUUGGUUGAAUUGUGCAAGAAGGUUUCUCACAAUGUGCAGUAUUUCAGUAUAGAUUCGAGAGGACGGAUGCAUCGUGUAGCUCUGUAAAAACAUUCGACGUCACAUUUGAGGCUCAGUGUAAACGGGAGGCGAGUUUCACCCGAAUUAAGUGUCCAUAAUGCUUCAAUGAACCCCUCUAUUGUGAAUAGUUCUGUUUCCUGUUUGAUCCACUUGUAUGUUGUUGUAUGUGAAGUUCGAUCCCGUCUCUCCCCUUUGAAUGACACGGAAGCACUAGUUCCUGCACUGUUGGAUGGGAGUUCAUUACUUUUCUGUGUGCUUCAUAUUUUUAAUUUGUGUUUCAGAGAUCCAAAGACUGAAUUACGGAUGACAUUUGGAGGAGAAUUGCUCUUUCUCAGCGGGUUUAUUUUUAUCACUGUUUCUUAGAUUUGGCAUAAACUAAGCCACCCCCUUUAAAAGCACUACUAAUUGCAACACGCAGGCAGCUAGUGAAACACAGUCUGACCGAUCACUCAGAACAGGGCAUGAUGGGAAACCUCUAAACGAGUGGCUUAAUUUGGACUGGAGUGAGAUCACGCCUGAUGCCGAAUGAAGUCGAAGCGGACCUUGUGUGAGAUGUUAAACUGGACAGAUGUGCAGAAUGUGUCGUGUAUUACAGGGUUGAUGUGAUUUUUUUUUUUUUUUUUUUUUUCAGAACUCUGGAGGAAUUUGAUUGGCAAGUUUUUGUUUAGUUUUUCUGAAUUGGAGCAGUUGUACAUGGUGUGCUCUUAGAGGGCUUCAAACAGGUUUUUAUUCAACAAGAGAAAUAAAUAGUUGUUCAAUA